AUUUAUUUUCAUAUAAUUUGCACCCAGCUAGGAAACUAAAGCUUUAAUUCAGACACUUAAUGAGGUUACCAAUUUUCCGAUAUUCGUUUCAGGUAUUAGGAUAUUUCUCGGGACAUGUUAGACUGAAACUAACGAGACUGCUUUUCACGUUUGCGCUGUCGGCGUAUGGUAUAGUAACCCUGAACGAAGUUUCGCUCGUUUCAAUCAAGAUGGACGAAGAGCCGGAGAGAGCUAAGCGAUGGGAGGGGGGCUACGAGCGGACAUGGGAGAUCCUCAAGGAAGACGAGUCUGGCUCUCUCAAAGCCACUGUAGAGGAGAUCCUUUUCCAGGCCAAACGGAAAAGAGUGUUUGAGAGUCAUGGGCAAGUUCGACUGGGGAUGAUGCGUCACCUAUGUGUGGUGAUUGACACCUCCAGGACCAUGGAAGACCAGGAUCUGAAACCCAACAGACUUACCUCCACCCUCAAGCUGGUGGAAUAUUUCGUAGAGGAAUACUUUGACCAGAACCCUAUCAGUCAGGUGGGUAUUAUCACCACCAAAAACAAGAGGGCAGAGAAGCUGACCGACUUGGCAGGUAACCCCAAGAAGCAUAUUGCUGCUCUAAGGAAUGCAAAGGACUCCACAUGUGGAGGAGAGCCCUCCCUCUAUAACUCUCUAAACCUGGCAAUGCAGACACUCAAGCACAUGCCAGCCCACAGUAGCAAGGAGGUUCUGAUCAUUCUCAGCAGCCUCACCACAUGUGAUCCAGCUAACAUCUAUGACCUGGUGAAGACUCUGAAGGCUCUGAAGAUCCGCGUGUCUGUGAUCGGCCUGUCAGCAGAGGUGCGCGUCUGCACCGUGCUCACCAGAGAGACCGGGGGGUCCUACCACGUGAUCUUGGACGAGAGCCACUUCAGGGAGCUGCUGAUGUUCCAUGUGAAGCCUCCUCCCGCCUCCGCCUCCUCCGAGUGCUCCCUCAUACGCAUGGGGUUCCCCCAGCACACCAUCGCCUCUCUGUCUGACCAGGACGCCAAGCCCUCGUUCAGCCAGGCCCACCUGGACAGCACCAGCGGUGGUCCCGGCCUUUCUCUGGGAGGAUACUUCUGUCCGCAGUGCCACGCCAAGUACACAGAGCUGCCCGUCGAGUGUAAAAUCUGUGGACUGACGCUGGUCUCCGCUCCUCACCUGGCCCGUUCCUUCCAUCACCUGUUCCCCCUGGAGGCCUUUCAGGAGAGCCCCCUGGAGCUGCACCAGGGGGAAAGGUUCUGCGUAGCUUGCCAGGGGGAGCUGAGAGACAAGAGCGUGUUCACGUGUCCGUGGUGUUGUAGCGUGUUCUGCGUGGAGUGUGACCUGUUCAUCCACGACAUUCUGCACUGCUGCCCUUCCUGCAUCCACAGCCGCCCCUGAGACGCUCAAGGAUGAGGCAGUGAACUGAGAAGGGAAUAUAGUGGGAAUACAGCUCUUCAGCAGUGACAGCUGAAGAGGUGUGCCAAUAGAACUCAAAUGUUGAGUCAUUCGUAAGCCCACCAGUACUUUCUGAAGUGUUUCUGAAGUGUGCUCCUUGGGUGUUUCUUCGAAUAGGUAGGAAUUGACUUUGUGGAGCUGCCCAGGCUGAUACGAUGAAGAUAAAGGACUGUCUUUACCUCAGGAACGGUUGGUGUUAGAUGGAGCAUCAGUUUUACUGCAUGGCUAGUGCUCCUUAAUCUUCCUGAACAGCUGACAGCAGAACAAACCUUUUUAAUAAAAUGUAGUUUUUCCACCAAAAUA